AUGGCGUCUUCAAUGAAUAAAUCUAUUAGCGAUGCACCAAAUAAAGAUGAAGAAACUUAUCAACUUCUCGAACAACUUGACCACAUUCUUAAACGGCCAGAAACUUAUAUUGGUUCAAAUAAACCAUGUCAUGAAGAAAUGUGGAUUCUUGAUGAAACAGCUGAAGAAGGACCAAGAGUUGUUAAAAAAGAAAUUACUUAUGUACCUGGUCUUUACAAAAUUUUUGAUGAAAUUCUUGUCAAUGCUGCUGAUAAUAAACAACGUGAUACAACAAUGACUUCCAUUGAAGUAGAUAUUAAUCAAGAAAAAGGUGAAAUAAAAAUUUGUAAUGAUGGUCGUGGUAUACCAGUUCGUAAAUGGGCACAAGAUGAAUCAAUUUAUAUUCCAACAUUAAUCUUUGGUAAACUUCUGACAUCAGAUAAUUUUAAUGAUAAUCAAAAACGAAUUACUGGUGGUCGAAAUGGUUACGGUGCAAAAGUAACAAAUAUAUUUAGCACAAAAUUUACCGUUGAAACAUGUUCAAAAGAAUAUAAAAAAUCAUUUCGACAAACUUGGACAAAUAAUAUGCGUGAUCCACAAGAUGCAAUUAUAAAUAAAACAAGUGAUAAUCCAAAAGAAUUUACACGUGUUACAUUUUCACCGGAUUUAAAACGAUUUCAAAUGGAUAAAUUUGAUGAUGAUCUUGUAGCAUUAUUUAAACGACGUGCUUAUGAUGUUGCUGUAUCAACUGGCUGUAAAGUAACACUCAAUGGUAAACGUAUUCCAAUUAAAAAUAUGAAAGAUUAUAUGUUAAUGUAUAUUGAAACAAAUGAAAAAGAAAUUGUUUAUAAAAAAGUGAAUGAACGUUGGGAAGUUGGUGUAUCAAAAAAUGAUCAUAAUAAUGGUUUUACACAAGUUAGUUUUGUUAAUUCCAUCUUAACAUCAGAAGGUGGUAAACAUGUUGAUUAUAUAACUGAACAAAUUUGUCCAAAACUUGUUGAACAUAUAAAAAAGAAAAGUAAAACAGCUGGUGAAAAUCUUAAACCAAUGCAAGUUAAAAGUCAUUUAUUUGUUUUUGUUAAUUGUUUAAUUGAAAAUCCUGAAUUUGAAUCACAAGCAAAAAAACAAUUAGCAACGGAACGGAAAAAUUUUGGUUCAACUUGUACAUUAAAAGAUGAUGAAAAUUUUUUUAAAGAUAUUAUUAAAAAAACUGGUAUUGUUGAAUCAGUUAUUAAUUGGCUUGAACAUAAACAAGAUGCGAAAUUACAAAAACAAAGUGGUUCGAAAACAUCAAAAUUAAAAGGUAUACCGAAAUUAGAUGAUGCAAAUGAUGCUGGAACAAAAAAUUCACAAUCUUGUACAUUAAUUGUAACUGAAGGAGAUUCAGCUAAAGCACUUGCUGUAGCUGGUCUUGGUGUUAUUGGUCGUGAUCGUUAUGGUGUUUAUCCAUUGAAAGGUAAAAUGUUAAAUGUUCGAGAAGCAACAACAAAAAAAAUGACGGAAAAUAGUGAAGUAUCACAAUUAGUUAAAAUUCUUGGAUUAAAUUAUGGAGAAAAAUAUGUGAAUAAAAGUGAUUUAUCAAAAUUACGAUAUGGAAAAUUAAUGAUUAUGGCUGAUCAAGAUCAAGAUGGAAGUCAUAUUAAAGGUCUUGUUAUUAAUUUUAUUCAUUAUAAAUGGCCAAAUUUACUUAAACAUGAUUAUAUUGAAGUUUUUAUUACACCAAUUCUUAAAGUCACAAAAGGUAGUGAUGUCAUUCCAUUUUAUUCAAUGCCUGAAUUUGAACAAUGGCAAGCAUCUACACCAAAUUGGCAAAAAUGGAAAUGCAAAUACUACAAAGGUUUGGGUACAUCUACAGCUAAAGAAGCAAAAGAAUAUUUUUCUAAUAUGGAUCGUCAUCGUAUUUUAUUUAAAUAUGAUUCAAUAAAAGAUGAUUUAGCUAUACAAUUAGCAUUUAAUAGUGCAUUAGCUGAUGAUCGUAAAGAUUGGAUAAAAUGGCAUACAGAAGAUGUUAAUCAAAAACGUCGAGAAAAUUUACCAGCUGAUUAUUUAUAUAGAAAAGAUACAAAACAAAUUAGUUUUAAUGAUUUUAUUAAUAAAGAACUUGUUCUUUUCUCGAAAUCGAGUACUGAACGAGCAAUUCCAAGUAUUAUGGAUGGACUUAAACCAGGUCAACGUAAAAUCAUGUUUGUUUGUUUAACAAAAAAUUUAAUACGUGAAAUUAAAGUUGCACAAUUAUCUGGUAAAGUUGCAGAAAAUUCUGCCUAUCAUCAUGGUGAACAAUCAUUAACAAAUACAAUUGUUGGUCUUGCACAAAAUUUUGUCGGCUCAAACAAUAUUAAUUUUCUUGUGCCAGCAGGUCAAUUUGGUACACGUUUACAUGGUGGUAGUGAUGCUGCUUCAGCUCGUUAUAUAUUUACUCGACUUAGUCCUCUUGCUUUAGCAUUAUUUAAUAAAUAUGAUGAACCAUUAUUAACAUAUUUAAAUGAAGAUGGUAUGAGUAUUGAACCUGAAUGGUAUUGUCCAGUUAUUCCAACUGUUCUUGUUAAUGGUGCACAUGGUGUUGGUACAGGUUAUUCAACUGAUAUACCAUCAUAUAAUCCAUUAACAUUAAGUAAUAAUAUGAAAUUUUAUAUACGACAAGAAAAAGAAAAACGACGAUUAGCAAAUGAUCCAACAGAACAACCAAAACAAUAUUCUGAUGUUCUUACAUUAGAAGAAUUAGUUCCGUGGUAUAAAAAUUUUACUGGUGAAAUUAAAUUAUUAGAUAACGAUCGUACACGUGGUGUUAUUAAUGGUGUUUGUGCAAAACUUGAUGAAGCAUCAAUUGAAAUAACUGAUUUACCAGUUGGUACUUGGACACAGUAUUAUAAAGAAAAUGUACUUGAAACUAUGCUUCAUCCAAAACGAAAUGAUAUUCAACCAAGUAUUCUUGAUUACAAAGAGUAUCAUACUGAUACAACGGUUCGUUUUGUUAUUAAAUUAUCACAAGCACAAUUUGCUAAAUUUCAUGAAUCAGGUCUUCAUAAAAGUUUUCGUUUACAAGAAACAUUUAAAUUGACGAAUAUGGUUCUUUUUGAUCAUCAUGGUAUAUUACGUCGUUAUAAAAGUCCGGAAGAAAUUUGUCUGGAAUUUUUUACUGUUCGUCUUCAUAUGUAUGUUAAACGAAAAGAAUAUAUGGUUGGAACGUUACAGUCACAAUGUUCGAAAUUAGAUAAUGUUGCAAGAUUUAUUAAAGAAAAAAUUGAAAAUAUUAUAAUCGUUGAAAAUAAAAAGAUAAGUGCAGUUGUUGAAAUGCUUAUAGAACGUAAAUAUGAUCGAGAUCCGGAAAAAGUUUGGCGUGAAGAAGCAAAAAAACAAUUUGCAGUUGAUAUUCAAACAAACAAUGGUAGUGAUAAUCCAGAUCAAUUAGCUGAUUUACAACAAAAACAAGAGGAUGAUGAAGAAGAUGAUGAUGAUGAUGACGAAAGUAAAAAACCUAAAGCAACAACAUCAUCAACAACAAAUAAAAUUGAUACAACAUAUUAUGAUUAUUUAAUUAAUAUGUCUUUACGUAAUUUAACAAAAGAAAGACGAAAUGAAAUUCUUCGAGAACAACAAGAUAAACAUGAAAAACUUGAAGCAUUAUUAAAAAGAUCUCCAGAAGAUUUAUAUGAAGAAGAUCUUGCUCAUUUCGAAGCUGAAUAUCAUAAAGCUAUUGCAAAAGAACGUGCUGAUGAAAUGUCUGAAGUUGCUCAUUAUACAACUAAAAAAGUUGGUGAUGGUGGUCGUAAAAAACAAUUAGCUAAACCACAACGUGCUGAAACAAAACCUGCACCAAAUGGUCAACGUAUAGUACCUGUUAUUGAUCCAGCAUUUGUUAAGAAAGUUGCUGAAGAACUUGCUAAACGAAAUCGAGAAGAAAAAGUUACUGCUGAUAAACGAACAAUUAUUGAUUUUCUUGUUAAUGAAGGUAUUUCAUCUGAUGAAAUAACUCAAAUAAUGCAAGCUCGUUGUAAAGAAAAAAAGAAACUUGGCGGUACAACAGAAAAAAAAUCAAAUGAAACAACAAAAGAAAAGAAAAUGGAUGAAAAUAGUAAUUCAUCAAUAAUUUCAAUGGAAGGAAAAGAUAAUUCUAAUGAUGAUGUUAAAGAAGAAACAUCACCGAAACGUAUUCCUAAACGUACAGUUAAAGGAAAAACUAUUAAAUAUGGUAGUGAUAAUGAUGAUGAUAAUGAAAAUCAAGAAAAUGAAUCCGAUUAUAAUGGCAGUGAUUCUGAAAGUGAAAUUAAAAUCAAAAAAGCUAAACCAAAACCAAAAGUACAAUUAGCUGAAAAAAAUGCAUUGAAUGUUCUUAUGCAAAAUCGACAAAAUAAAGAUGAAAAUAAAACGGAAAAACCAAAAAAACCUCGAGUUAAGAAAGAACCAGGUGCAACAACAACAAAAAAAGAAACCGUUAAAAAAGAAACUAAAACAAUCAAACGACCAAAACCUUUAGCUGAAAGUGAUGAUGAAGAUGAUAUUGCUAUUCUUUCAACAUCACCCGUUGGAAAUAAAAAAGCUCGUAUACAACGUGAUAAGACAGAUAAGAAGAAUUAUCAUAUUUCAGAUGAUGACGAUUUUGAUUAA